AUUUUGUACGCGUGUACGGUGUGUGUACGUCAGCUCUUUUCAUGUGUACGAGGGUGCAUAUUCGUUCAUACUGCGAUCCUUUCUGACCCUGGGUUCACAACGAAUUCCUGUAAUCCCCAAGGAGACGGCGUACUGCUUUUGGGGGGACUCUUAAUGUCUAGAGCUUUCUAAUUAUAACGGAGAGCAACAAUUCUCUUAUUUUUACUACUAUUGACCAGGUUCAACUGGAUCAUCACGAUAUUUGCCGGCUUUCUCCCACGUUUUUAGUGAAUACAGUUCAGACAAUAUGGUUGAUCUUGGUUACUUGACUUGAUCUUGUUUUUCUUUUCGCUUUUUACAUCAUGGCUGAAGUGAGGAAACGAGGACCUUAUGGUGCUUCAGCGGAUCAAUUUCGAACCUCUAAAAUUAGCGUUCGGAGCAAUGCGGAUAGCUACUUGGGAUCUAUUUAUGCCUCGACUAUUUUAUCCAUGGAGAAUGAUGAUGAACUUGCCCAAGAAAAGGCUCAAAUCCUCAAUGACCAACAAUGGGUUCUUCAGAGAAAGAAGAUUGGCCUUAGUCGAAGGACAAAGCGAUCGCUCACCAAGGUCAACAACUUCAAAGACCGGAAGAAGACGGUACUGGAAUUCAUCAGUACCAACUUCACUAGACGAGAGUGUUGCAAUUUUAUUUCUGAUGAAUCCCGGAAAACUCGACCUAUGGCCGCUUCCCCAGGACCCAAAAGUAAUGGUCCAUGCUUUUGUGGAGCCCCCAUUGAUGAACAUUUACCCAGGGCGGUCCAUCUCAAAGCAUCUUGGAAACAAAAUCCUUUUGAAACCAUCAAGGAAGAAGAAGAGACCGAUUCCACCACUGACAGUGUUGUUCCAAUCCUAAAAGUGGAGGAAACUUAUCGUCCUUCUUUACCCGGAAGUACGGAAAGCCCCCGAGAUCUCUUGAAAGUCAAGAAAGCCCAGCCUUUUGUUGUGUUCAGCUCUCCGGAAGUGAGUAACUCCCAAGAUGUUCCAUCUCUGCGAGAUUACAAUUCCAGACCUCAAAGUGCUAUAUCCAGAGCGACGGAAAUUGCCAAGGAAUCGGGACAAAUGACCUCAGUGGAAACAACGUCCAGCCUCAGAAUGGAAAAAGGUGAUCCUAACUCUCAAAGAAGAGCUGUACCCAUUGUGGCUGAAGCAACACCCACCCAUAGCUACAAAGAAACCGGAGAAUGGAAUGAGUCCUUGGCCAUCCAGGAUUUUCCUACCAACGCCUACGGUCAAAUAGAGUUUAUCAAUGAGGAUGAAGGAUCCUUAAAACCAUCCAAAUACAUUCGACUCUCGGAUAAAACCCCUAUGCAUGUUGUCAAGGAGCUUCUGACGGAUUAUUGGGGGAUUUACGAGCCACAUCGGCCUCAUUUGGCACUCAGCCUGAUUGGAGGGGCCAAAAAUUUCCGAAUGGAAGGGAGGAAGAAGGAGACCUUUAAAAAAGGUCUCAUCAGUGCGGCCAAGUCGACCAAUGCCCUGAUCUUGACCGGUGGAACCAACACUGGAACCAUGAAACUUGUGGGCGAUGCCAUUAGGGAAGGUCAGUUCAUGGUACAGAAUGGUGACAAAUUGUCCCGAGGACUGAAAUUGAUGGGCUUGUGCUCAUUUGGAUACAUCAAGGACCGCGAUCUCCUCAUCAAUGACAACCCAAAUGAGUUCAACUACGUACGGUACAAUUCGAACCAAGAGAUCAAAAAGGGCGACAAUGUUCCACUCAAUGGCGAUCACACCCACUUUAUCAUGGUGGACGAUGGGUCUCGUUAUCGCUUCUUCUCCGGUUACACCAACUUCAUCACCAAAUUCGAGACCAUGAUUCGGGAUCCCGAACCUCAAGGUCUUGGCAUACCAAUAGUGACUUUACUUCUUGAGGGUGGUAAGGAUGCAAUUCGAAUCGUGAAGGAUCGAUUGAAGGAAGGGAUCGCUUGUGUAGUGAUUGAAGGCUCCGGAAGAGCAGCGGAUAUCAUCAGCUACGCUUAUCGAAACGCAGUGAAGAACCCGAAAACCAAUACCUACACAAUGAAAGAGGGACACAUUGCUCAUUUGAUGAAGAUGUUGGAAACUGCGUAUGGAACGUAUAUCAAGCCUAAAGCGGCUCGAGACGAGCAGAUGAAGGACAUCAUGAACUGGACCAUCGAGUGCAUUAGCCACUCUGACAUUAUCACUAUUUUCGACAUUCGUCGGGAGACUCAGUUGGAUACAAAAAUACUGUCAGCUCUCCUGAAGAGUGACAACAUGAGCCUUCAUCAACAACUUUUCUUCGCCAUGAUUUGGGAUAGAAUCGAUUUGGCCGAGGAGAAGAUCCUUGUCAAAGAUACUCUGAAUACCAUGGACAGUCUUCACGAGAUCAUGCUUCAGGCUUUGGUCUUGGAGCGCACCAAUUUUAUCGAGCUCCUCGUUAUGAACGGCUUUGUGAUGCGUACUUUUCUCACAGUGGAGAGGCUUAGGAGAUUAUACAAUGAAUCGACCCUCAGAUGGAGAGAGCUUCAUUUCCAAAUGAAGAAUCUGGUUGGGAUUCCUUGCAACGAGAUAUAUUUGAGAAAUAUUCACAAACUACUCGUGACCCUUCUCAAGGAUCACGAUCACAGUUUGUAUCAACUGGACCGACCUCCCAAGAAUGAGAAGAAACAUCGCCGUGUGGAUGUUUCUACCAAGACAUUUGAGGAACCUUACGUGGAGCUAUUCCUUUGGGCCAUCUUCACGAACAAGCAGAGUUUGAUUGACUUCUGUUGGAAGCGAUGUGGCCAACCCAUGUUGAUGGCCAUUGUGGCGGGUGCCAUCUAUUCAAAGAUGGGGAACUUCUACCGACGCUAUAAUAAGGAUAUCAAGAUCUUGACAGACCGAAAGGCUCAAUUUCAAAAGCGAGCCAACAUGCUGAUGGAAAUUGCGUACGAAGCGGAUCCAAAUAAAGGCUAUUCUCUCCUAGAGAAGCGAAAUAAGCGAUGGGGAGGUCGGAAUUUCAUGCAGUUGGGUUAUAUUGGACAUCUAAGGACAUUCAUUGCUAAUCCAACCUGCCAAAGUGUGGUCAAUUCGAAUUGGAUCAGAGGUUUCCUGAAACUUCCUUGGUUUUCGUGUCUGAUUUGUCUCAUCUUGCCCUUUUUGACCUGGACACCCAUCGUAACAUUCAUGGGAGGCUUGGGUGAUGAUGGAGGCAAAUUGACCUGGUUCCAAAAGCUCUACGUGUUCUAUCGCGCUCCUGUGGUCAAAUACACCGGAACUUGCAUAAGUUUUCUGGCUCUAAUCACUCUCUAUUCGUACGUGGCUCUCUACGGGUAUCGAAAUGACUUCCAGAUGGCCGAACUGAUUCUGUACACUUGGGUUGCAAUCCUCAUUGUUGAUGAAUGCAGAGAGGUUGUCAUGGAGCCGUCAAAGAAAUUGAGUGGAAAACUGAGUGAUCACAUGGACUCGGUCUGGAACAAGUUCGAUUUUAUCAUCUAUUCUAUCAUGGUUAUAAACAUCGUGCUCAAACUGUUUCCUGCCACUUUCGAGGUUAGCCGUGUUAUUUUUGCGGUCAAUUGUUCCUUUUUCUAUAUCAGAGUGUUCCGUAUUUAUCACGCCAGUCGAAGUUUAGGGCCCAAGCUUGUGAUAUUCCACCGCAUGAUACCUGAAAUUAUUACCUUCAUGUUCUUGCUGAUUGUCUUUAUUCUGGCUUACGGAGUGGCAAAUCAGGCCAUCAUUGAUCCAUAUCGACAAUUCCAGUGGAACAGUUUCUGGAAGCUUUUAUUCCAAAUCGUAUUUCUGCCCUAUUGGCAGAUGUACGGGGAACUCUCUUUAGAUUCGAUUGAGGUUCGCCAAACCCCACCUUGCCCUGUAAAUGGAUCAUUUUACGAGCCCACCAAUGAUUUUCCGCAUUGCUACCCAGCGGAGAUUGAGCAUAUUUCCGACUACAACUAUGUGACCCCCGCAUUUCUGGCCAUCUAUCUCCUCAUCGGUAAUGUCAUGUUACUCAAUCUGCUCAUAGCCAUUUUCACAGCUGUGUUUGAAGAAGUACAUGAGAAUUCUAAUGACGUGUGGAAGUGGGAAAUGUAUCGAUUAGUCGAGGAAUAUGACAAGAAGCCUGGCCUGGCUCCGCCACUUGUUCUCUUCGAGGAUAUUUGGAAGCUACUCAAGGGCAUUUGGAAACAAACAUGUCGGAAGAGAAAAGAGAACUUGGAUUCAUACAUGCAAGAAGCCUUGGAAACUCUUCGACUUUUCGAACGAGACUGCAUGAGCGCCUUUCAAGGUCGAAUGUCGAGGAACUCGGCAGAGAGUUUAGACCAACGCAUUAAGGCCUUAGAAAUGAAAACGAAUCAGCUAUUGGAACUCUUUGAAGAAGCCCCUGAUGACCAAGCCAAUUGGGGUGAGGUCAUUGACAUGGACAAGAAACUCUAUGAGACAGACAGCUCAUCUGACAGCGACGACGAUCUGGAUGGAGAUCAUUCUAAGAACAGAAAGCAACAUCGACCAAAGCGGAAAUCUCUCCGGAUGAAUGUGGUGGAGUCUGAUCCAAAGAGUGCACGAAUCCAAACGGCUCGCUCCUCAAGAAUUUCACGUCGGCUUCAAGUGGAUAUUGCUAAUGUCAAAGAACAGCUAGAGGCAAUGCAGGAGAAUCGAAAAGCUGAAAUUGAACAAAUGCAUCGAGUCCAGACGGCGCAAAAUGAACGACUCGAAAUCAUGAUUGCCGAAUUGUUAAAUGUUAACAAUAAAUGAUUUAAAUUUAGAUUCCAUUCUUUACCAGAGGCAAGGGGAAUGUUGAAAACCCUGAUAUGAGUAUAAGCCUCAGAUGACAUGGUUUACUGCCAACAAAAAACAACACAUCGUUUUCGGGUUGUCAAUUUGUGUCAUUCAUCUUGCUUGAUCUUGUCAGAGCUCGGAAAAGUAAUUUAUUGUUAACGUUAAAAAAAGGCAAAUUAAAUAACUGUAUUGCGACUCUUGGUCAUGUCAGAUUGUAAAAUGUAUAAAACUGUAUGUAUAAAUAUCAUAUACAAUUAAGCCACAUAUUCCCGGUCCAUGACAGUUCAGGAAGCAGGCCAACACCGGUUGAUUCCCUCCUCUCCUCCGCUUGAUGUUGAU